GCCUGGUCAUUCUUGACGGAGGGCGUGAAGUUCCGUGCGGGGCGGCUGUACGAGACCUUCUGGAACUCCCAGUCCAACGUGAAGUACACGGUGGUGUUCCUGUACCCGGGGGCGCUAUUCUACGUCCGGUGGCGCGCGGAGACCCAGUACAA